AUGCACCUUGUGAAACGAGUAGCUGUUAUCGGCGCAGGACCUUCGGGCCUUAGUGCAGUCAAAUAUCUGCUGGCCGAGCAACAUUUUGACCAAAUCGAUGUCUUUGAGCAAAGAAGUUCCGUGGGAGGGGCUUGGAAUUACAGCCCAAGCACUUCCAAAAUAGGGCUGUCGACGCCUGUCCCUCAAGUGAACCCCCACGAGCCCCCUGAGAAGCCAACAUGGAUCGGCUCAGCUGAGGGUAAACGGGAAGCGAGCUUCGUGUCUCCGCUUUAUGAUAGAUUGGAGACCAAUAUUCCCAAGGAAUUGAUGCGUUACUCGGACCAUGACUGGCCAGCAGAUGCACAGCUCUUCCCCAGGCAUCCGACAGUGAAGCAAUACCUUGAAGAGUAUGCCGUGGAUAUCAAAAAACACAUCCAGUUCGAGACUCAGGUCAUUGAUGUGAGUCUUCAAGCUACAGCUCUGCAUAAUUGGAGCAUCACAACGAGGGAUCUUCGCAAUGGAAAUGAAACUACCGACACGUAUGAUGCCGUGGUGGUUGCGAGUGGCCAUUUCACUGUCCCUUACGUCCCAGACAUCACGGGAAUACAGCAUUGGGAUGCAUCCUAUCCGGAGGUAAUCUCCCAUUCGAAGUUUUAUGACUCCCCCGAAUGCUUCUCGGGGAAGAAGGUGAUUGUGGUAGGAAGCUCGGCUUCUGCCCUCGAUAUUGGCGCCCAGAUCAACGAGUUCAGCAAAGGUCAACUCUUGGUCUCCCAGAGAACAGAAUCAUGGAUGGCUUCGGCUUCAACCGAUGAUAGAGUCAUCUGCCCAGAGAUCGUUGAGUUUCUUCCUCCGACGACCCACGAAAGAGGCAUACGAUUUUCGGACGGCCGCAUCGAGGAGCACAUUGACUCAAUUGUGUUCUGCACUGGAUAUUUCUACUCGUAUCCUUUUCUUUCAUCCCUAAAGCCACAGGCUGUGACACAUGGGUGGCGCACAAUGAAUGUUUACCAGCAAUUGUUCUAUAUCGAAAAUCCAACGCUUGUGUUUCCCGUGCUCUCCCAGCGGGUGAUCCCAUUCCCAAUGGCCGAAAAUCAUGCCGCUCUCUUUUCUCGUGUCUGGUCGGGCCGACUGGCACUUCCAUCAACAGAAGAGAUGAGGGCAUGGGAGCGUGACGAGAUCGAAGCCAAAGGGGAUGGGAAAAAGUUCCACUUGCUUCCAUAUCCGAUGGAUGCCGAUUAUCUUAACUUUCUAUACGAAUGGGCCGAGAAGGCCACACCGCGACCUGGACUGUCCAACAACGGACAGGGUAAACUCGGUACUCGGUGGGGUGAGCGGGAAAGGUGGAUGCGGGCCCUUUUCCCGGAGAUUCGGCGCGCCUUUGUCCAGCGAGGCCAUGAGCGGGGCGAAAUCAAGACUCUGGCCGAGCUUGGGUUUAUUUUUGAAGAGUGGAAAGAGAAAGAAAAGCUGUGA